UUCAUCAAGUAUCGAGGUUAUCAGGACACUCCACAAGACCAAGUUGUUCUCCGUGAUGACUUGGCCGAAGAAUACGCACCGACAGGACACAACCUCCUGGCGGCGAUGGACUGGCUGGUCAGUGAAGAACAUACAACAUGCUUCUUCCACUAUUCCGGUCAUGGUGGACAGAUUAACGACCCGCACGGCAAACGUCCAUCUGGGCUGCUCGAUACCAUUGUACCUGUGGACUUCGAAGAUAAUGGCCAGAUUGACUCGGAUAUGCUCCAUAAACAUCUCGUGACCAAGUUGCCGCCAAGCAGUACUCUGUUUCUCAUCCUUGACUGCUGCCACUCUGGGUCAACUCUGGAGUUGCCGUUUGUCUACCGAAGCGAUGACGACGGCAAUGUCCAUGCACUUGACGGCUACCAAGCUGGAGUUGCGCUCCUGAAAGAAGCAAAGCAACUAAUCACUGGCAAUUUCAACCUUGACAGAGAAGCUCAGGCUCGAGACCUUUAUGCCGGAGCAACCUCGGACGAUGAAACCAGUGCCGACGCCCAGAUAAAUAGUGUCACUGAAGGUGACUUGAACAUGUCCUUCCACACGAAUUGGAAUCUGUAUCUCACCAUUUCAUUCAAUUANGGUGCCAUGAGCUGGGCAUUUCUCGAAUCCACAAAGACCAACCCGGAUCCGACUUACAAGGAGGCAAGUCAUGCAUCCGAGUAUACUCAAGUAACACCUUCGUUCUCUCUGGUAUUUGAAUCAUGUGCUAAUCGUUCAAAANNGGUUCCUCAGCUUUGCGUUGGAACUGAGAUGGACCUGAACCAGCCGUUGAUCCUCUGA